GAGAACGAAAUACCGCCCGAGCUGGAGAAGGCCUGCUGCUGUUUUCAGUAGGGAAAGAGGGGAAGAAAAAUGGCGGCUGUGUGCGACCCGGAGAGGGACACCGGCCAUUCCGCUCGAGCUUUCUCCCGCUAAUCGAGUCCGCUGCUCUGUCGGACUUUUGGAAACAACUUUACAGGAGAGUGGACUCGGAGUUUAUUGAGAACUGCGUGCUUUUGUGAGGUUUGUUUUCUGUAUGACUCGUGGCGCGAAAGAGGCUGCAAAUAAAGAGAAAACAGUAAUUAAGUAUUGUACCACAUAUACUGUUACAAAACAUUAAAUAUGAGAGGAAGAAGAGGCAGGCCGGCUGUCCGGGGACUACUGCAGGAUGAGGCAUCUCCAGCAGUGGCGCGAGGCAGUCGAGGCGGCCGAGGCAGAGGCAGGGGGAGAGGCAGAGGCAGAGGAGUGUGGACGCUGAGCUGUGAGGCGGAUGGAAACUACCAGCCAUCGAAAAGGGGGCGACGGAGAGGAAGCUCGUUACCGAGGGGCAGAGGAGGCAGAGGCAGCAGGGGUAAAAGAGGAGGAGGAGGAGGCAGAGGAAGGCGCAAAACACUGAGUAAAAUAAUCUACGACGACCACGACAGCAGCAACGAGGAGGAGGAAGACGUCGUGAGUUUACAGUCCGAGGGAGACGAGGACGAGUUUCUCCGCCGCUCUGAAGACGAUGCGGAUUAUGAAGAAGAUGAAGAAGAGCAUUUAGAUGAUGAUGAUGGUGGUGGUGGUGAUGAUGGCUCCGACUAUGUGGAAGAACUGCCGGACGAGGACGACGCGAGCUGCAGCAGUUUACGGAGCCGAAGCAGCACCUGCGGCGACACACCGGGCCGCAAGAGAACUCGUGUGCAUCGUCCGCAUGCCCCUGUCUUCGAGGAGAAGGAUGUCCCCCCUCUGGAGCUCCCCAAGUCAUCUGACGAUGCGCUGGUGCCAGCUACGCACCUCCUCACGGCAGCCUCCAUCUACGAGGUGCUGCGAAACUUCAGCACUGUGUUGCGGCUCUCUCCGUUCCGCUUCGAGGACUUCUGCGCAGCUCUGUCGGGACAGGAUCAGUGCACGCUUCUGGCCGAGACGCACAUCUCGCUAAUGAAGGCCAUCCUGCGCGAGGAGGACACGUCUAACACGAGCUUCGGCCCAGCAGAUCUGAAGGACAGCGUGAACUCAAGUCUCUAUUUCAUGGAUGGGAUGACGUGGCCCGAGGUGGUGCGGGCCUACUGCGAGAGUGACCCCGAGUACCAGCAUGUUCUGAGCGUCCAGAACCAAGACGACUUCCCCUAUGAACCUCUUGAGAGCAAGCUGAAAGUCCUACAGUUCCUGGUGGAUCAGUACUUGGCGACUAAUGUGGCGCGGGAGGAGCUGAUGUCAGAGGGCGUGGUCACGUACGACGAUCACUGCCGCGUGUGCCAUCACCUUGGCGACCUGCUAUGCUGCGAGACCUGCUCCGCCGUCUAUCACCUGGAGUGUGUGAAGCCGCCGAUGCUCCAGGUGCCCGAGGAAGAGUGGCAGUGCGAGGUGUGUGUAGCUCACCGGGUGCCAGGUGUGGGGGACAGUGUGACGGAGAGCCAGAAGACCCGGCCCUACAUCAGACAUGAGCCGAUCGGAUUCGACCGUCACCGGAGGAAAUACUGGUUCCUAAACCGAAGGAUCAUAGUCGAGGAGGACGGCGAGCACGAGAACAAGACGAUCUGGUAUUACAGUACCAAGGUGCAGCUGGCGGAGCUGUUGGAAGUGCUGGAUAAGACGUACUGGGAGAAACAGCUGUGCAGUACACUGGAGGAACUACGAGACGAGAUCCACACACACAUGGACAUCACGGAAGAGCUCACUAACAAAGCCAGAGGCAACAUCAAGUCUUACCUGACCGCAGCUAACGAGGAGAUCCUGGAGCGUGUGAGAGCCAAGCAGGAGCAAGAGAUGGAGCAGGUGAAGAGGAAGGCUGCAGAGGAGCUACAGAAAUCCAGAAGGGAGGAAUCGCAGGAGCAGUUGUCCACCGCUGAGCAACAGGAGUCUGAGGCCCCUGAAGACAAAUCCCCACAGGCUCAAACGGGCAGAGAGGAGGCCGAGCCUACAGCUGAGGUGUCUUGCGAGUCAGAGUCCCCGAGGGCUUCUGUGUCCUCCGUCCCCCGGCUGCCAGGGCCCUCUGAUGGGUCAGCUGAGCUCAGUGAGCCCCAGAGAGGGAGCGACCUGGAGGAGCUGCCCGAGACGGCAGAUACAUCAAGUUCAGGCGCCAAUGUUGAGGAAGGGCCCCUGUCCCCACAGACUGCUGAUGAGAACAGUAGAAGCAGUCUAAAAGGAGGAGAUGACCCGGAUGCUGCAGAGAAAGCUUGCAUCUCCAACCCGGAUGAGAAGGGUGAAUUGAAGGAGAAAGGAAGCGGUGAGACGCCGAUAGGAAUGCAUGGGACGUUGGCAGCCACACGCAUGGUGACGCGCCUGCGCAACCCAGACAGCAAACUGAGUCAGCAGAAGAGCCAGCAGGUGGCAGCAGCGCUCCAUGAGUCUUGUAAAGUGUUCAAGGAGGGAAAAGAUGCUCAGGUGGUUAGCCAGCAAGCAGAAAUGGCCCGUCUCAACUCGCGCAGCACCAAAGACCUAGCCAUAAAGGGUUCCUACUUUCGCCUGGGUCAGGAAGGCAAGUACCGCGGCUACCAAAACCAGUAUAGCACCAACACUCUGGCGCUCAACAAGCACCAGCACCGAGAGGACCACGACAAGCGCAGACACCUCUCGCACAAGUUCUGCCUGACCCCUGCUGGAGACUUCAAAUGGAACGGCUCAAUUUAUGGCUCCAGGAUGCUCACCAUGUGCACACUGAGGCUCACUAUCAUCCAGCUGGAGAAUAACAUCCCAGCACCGUUUCUGCACCCCAACUGGGACUCACAUAGGGCAAACUGGAGCAAGGCUGUGCAGAUAUGCAGCAAGGCACGGGAGUUUGCUUUGGCCUUAGCAAUCCUUGAGUGUGCCAUCAAACCGGUGGCCAUGCAGCCUGUGUGGAAGGACUCACUGGGGCACACACGGCUGCACCGCAUGACGUCCCUUGAGCGGGAGGAGAAGGAGAAGGUGAGGAAGAGAGAGAAGAAGCUGGAGGAAGAGGAGACCAUGCAGCAGGCCACUUGGGUCAAAUACACCUUCCGUAUUAAACAUCAGGUUUGGAAACAGAAAGGAGAGGAGUACAGGGUGACGGGUUAUGGGGGCUGGUGCUGGAUCAGUAAGACUCACAUCCAUCGAUUUGUUCCAAGGCUUCCCGGGAACACCAACGCCAACUACCGGCACGAGAUAGAGGCUGGCAAGAGCGUCAAAAAUCCUGCAGACUCGAACAUGGCAAAAAGUCUUAAAAUGUCCGAAAGCAGCAGAGCCGAGGACGAUAAUGAAAGAAAGACGGGUGAAAAGAAAGACAACAGGAAGAAGGAAGAAGAGUUGGACAUUGAAGGGAAGGCGCCUGGUACUCCGAUUUAUGAUGGAAAAGUGUUUGCUGCCGGCACAGGGCAUGCAGGCUCGGAUGAUGUCACUGUUAAGCAGGAAGAGGAAGGACCCAAACCUUUCUUCUAUGACCUGGUCAACGUGAGCGAGGGCUUCCUGCUCCGCACGGCUUACAAGAAGAAGGUCAGUCCUGCCAAACUGGAUGAGCUGCUUGAGCACCGGGUCAAGCAACAGGUCAUCGAGGAAAGACAGAAGAAGUCGGCUAUUUGUGCCAAUCCUAAGGUUGUGAUCCAGAGGCUCAAGUUUAAAAUGGAGCCACAUGGAGCAGUAGCAUGCAUACAGCCCGAGGUUAAAUCAGAGGCUAAGAAGGGGAUUACGGGCGCGCAGGACUCCACCAAAGAACCCGUCUUAUCUUUUAGUCAGGAAGCUGGGACAAUUGGGUCAACAGGUGAGUGUGUAGGGCAAGUAGAGCCUGGUGGAGGUGGUACCGCACCCGGUCUGAGCCAGACUCAGUCUGGCAUUCAAAAGACUACGCCACCUUUCUCAGGGGACCCUCAUAAGCAAUGUGUUAAUAUGGAUAACAAAAGCCGUACUGUUCUUCCAUCCACUGGAGGCAGCAGUGUGCAAAAAUUCAUUAGCACAGUGAACCAGCAAACAAGCGUGAGUACACCAGCACAGGUGAAUAAUGUGACAUCAUUAGGAGAGAAUGGGGAUGGGUACAAGGAACAGGAGAGCAAAGGAAAUAGUCCGCUUUUCUUGCAAAUGAACGGACAGGAUGUUAAGGAACCAGGUACCGGGGACACUAUGACCAAGGUGAAUGACAGGAGGAUCGAGGAUGAUAAGAAGGCUCUGUCACUCAAGGAUCCUCUGAAACCUGUAGUGAAUGGAAGUACUGUUCUGGGUGGAGAUGCCACAGGAGUUAACCCAGAGUACCUCCCUCCACAGAAGGUUCCCCGUCUUGGCGUCACCGUCGAGGAUCUGGCAUUAUCCUCUCCAACUAUUCCCAAAUCAGAGCCUGCAUUGAAUAGCAAAGAGCACAACAUCAUGGAAGCCAGGUUGGAUGGGGAUGACAAAGAGUCCCAGAGGACGAUCGUUCCCUCUCCGGUGCUCUCAGCGGAGGAAUCGAGCCUCAGCAAUGAUUUUGUAGAGAGCAGCUGCAGCAGGGGUUCUCACACAACAUCGGUGGUCACGCAAGUUACUACCACCGUAACAACCACCACUGAGUCUCACGCGAUUAGCAGCGGUACGGUGACCGAGAGCAACACCGUUUCUACCCUCACUAACACAACCAAAACCACGGUGACGCAGGAAACAAAAACCACCACGGCACCUUCAUCGACGGAAAGCUCGUCCCUGACCGUCUCCAAGGCAAUAACACGGGUGCAGUCCACACGAGAACGGGUGCAGCUCAUUCGCUUUUCUCGCACCAAGAAAGCGCGAUCUGAAACAGCUCUUCCUUCUUACCGCACGUUUACCACCAAAAGCUGCAAGAAGAGCAUCUUCAUUCUCCCCACUGAAGAGCUCAAGAAGCUGGCACGCAAGGGUGGCUUUAGGGAAGUGUCAGUUUUCAACUACAAUGCCAAACCAGCCUCAGACAUCUGGCCCUACCCAUCUCCCAGACCCACGUUCGGUGUCACCUGGAGGUAUCGUCUCCAGACCGUGAAUUCAUUAGCAGGGGUGAGUCUGAUGCUGCGGCUCCUUUGGGCGUGUCUUCGCUGGGACGACAUGGCUGUAAAACCUUCCUCUAAUGCUGGGAUUACACGCACAGAAACUUCCGAGACCGAGAUCACAACCACAGAGAUCAUCAAGCGCAGAGACGUCGGCCCUCACGGUAUCCGGUCAGAAUACUGCAUACGGAAGAUCAUCUGUCCUCUUGGGGUCCCUGAAACGCCCAGAGCAGAGACGUGCACGCCACAGAGGAAAGGCUUGCGCUCCAGCGCUCUGCGGCCCAAACGCCCUGAGCCUGGCAAGCAGGAUGGCCCGAUCAUCAUUGAAACCUGGGUUCCUGAAGAAGAUCUCCACUUGUGGGAAAUCCGAGCAUUUGCAGAGCGAGCGGAAAGGGAGAAAGCCCAGGCAGCAGAGCAGGCCAGGAUUAGUGCUCGGAGGAAAGCAUUGGAGCUUCAGCAACAGAAACGUCAGGAACAAAAGGAACAAAAGCAGCAAGCCGCUGCAGCCUCCACUCCCUCGGCCAGCCCUGCCACCCCUAGCACUCCCAAAACGACAGCAGGGUCCCUCAUCAGCCAGGUCACACCUGGAACCAAAGUGGUACUGGCCACCAAGAUGGGCACGCCAGUCACAUUCCAGCAAAAUAAAAACUUCCAACAAACAUUUGCUACCUGGGUCCAAGGUCAAGUGUCCAGCAGCACUGUUACCACCGUCUCCACGACAACAGGGCAAACCUUCCAGAUCUCAGGCAGUCCCGUGUCUGUAACUGGCAAAGUCAUCCCUCUUCCUGCCAACAGCAAGAUCGUCACACUCAGUGUGCCCAACAUGCAAGGAGGUGUCCAGCAGAAGGUUGUUGGCAUCAUUCCAUCUGGUACCACAGGCAACCAGCAAACCAUCACCACACUGCAGCCCAGCACGACUACAGUUAACAUCAAAGCCAAGGCCCAUGGGACAACUACACAACAGGUGAUCACGACUGGAGGGCAGCUUAGGACUGGGGUGACAGUAUUACGAACGCCUGCGCAGACCGGAGCUGCUCUGGGGAAACCCAUCCUCAGAACCCCGAUAGUGGUGCAACAAGGUCAAGCUGGUAAGGUGGUGACCCAGAUCAUCCAGGGACAGCCUGGCAGCCCUGCGAGCGGUGCACAGAUCCGAGGCACAACCACACAAACUGUGGCCAGCCCCAGAGCAACCCAGGGGCCAGUCAAACUAACCCUCGCUCAGCUCACCCAGCUCAGUCAGGGGACACAGAAGCAGCAGGGAGCAGCAGUGGAGAGCCAGCAGGGGGUAACAGUGAUGGUGCAGGGUCAGGGUCAGACAACAGGUCAGCUGCAGGUCAUCCCCCAUGGCGUGACGGUGAUCCCAGCAGCUGGCCAGCAGCUCAUGCAGGCCGUCUUGCCUAACGGUCAGGUGCAGCGUUUCCUUUUCACGCCCACUUCUGCUUCCCCUUCCACACCAGCUCAAACUCAGCCUACCCUCAAGACAUGCACUCCCUCCCCUGCCCAGCCGGUGCAGGCCGGAGCUUUCGCCCCCCGCACGCCACCGAUGACCCUCAAGGCCCAAAUGCCAAUCCAAUCUCCCACCCCUCUACAGGUCAAAGCUACAGUGAACCAGAUAGCUGUAAAACAGCCGCAGGUGAGGCCCCAGGUACAGCUCCACCAAGGGGCCCCGGUCAUUGCAGUGCCAGGGUUGCAGUUCCAGCCGGAGCAAACGGUUAAACUCCAGUUGCCCGUACAGAUCCAGCAGCAGGCUGGUGCAGCGUGCCAGGCGGGCGUAAAGACCCAACAGGUCCAGAACGUGGUGACGUUACAGACGGCCAGCGUCCAAGAGCAGCUCCAGAGGAUCCAGCAGCUCCGUGAGCAGCAGCAACAGAAGAAACGGCAGCAGCAAGAGGCGAAGAGGGAACAGCAGCAGCAGGCCAUCAGCCAGAGCGACCUUAUUCAAAAACAGGUGGUGAUGAAGCAGAACGCAGCGAUUGAGCAGCUGAAACAGAAGAAGGCCAUGACACCUGCAGAACGAGAAGAGAACCAGAGGAUGAUCGUGUGUAACCAGGUGAUGAAGUUCAUCCUGGACAAGAUCGACAAGGACGAGCGGCAGGCAGCGAGGAAGCGGAAACGAGAGGAGACGGUGGAGCAGAAGCGCAGCAAGCAGAUGGCUGUUAAGCUCUCAGCCCUUCUCUUUAAACACAAAGAGCAGCUCAAAGCUGAGAUCCUGAAGAAGAGAGCACUGCUGGACAGACAGCUGCAGCUGGAGGUGCAGGAGGAGCUGAGGCGGGAUUUGGAGAAGAUCUGUCAGGAAAGAGAACGAGCUCAAGCUGCCGCCGCCGCCCAGGUCACAGGCACAACGUCGCCAUCGACGUACAAACGCAAAUAUGAGGACGAGACCGCGGCCAAAUCGAAGAAAAAGAAGAUGAUCACGACUACCUCAAGAGAAACCAAGAAGGACACAAAGCUGUACUGCAUCUGUAAGACGCCGUACGACGAGACCAAGUUUUAUAUAGGCUGCGAUUUGUGCACAAACUGGUACCACGGUGACUGCGUAGGCAUCACGGAGAAGGAGGCGAAGAAGAUGGACGACUACAUCUGUGCAGAGUGUAAACAGGCGCAAGACGGAACCACAGAGGAGCUCUACUGCAUCUGCAGAACUCCUUAUGAUGAAGCUCAGUUUUACAUCGGCUGCGACCGCUGUCAGAACUGGUACCACGGCCGCUGUGUGGGGAUCCUGCAGAGCGAGGCGACAUACAUCGACGAGUACAUCUGCCCUCAGUGCCAGUCCACCGAGGACGCCAUGACCGUCCUCACGCCCCUCACAGAGAAAGACUACGAGGGAUUACGAAGGAUCCUCCGCUCACUACAGGCUCACAAAAUGGCGUGGCCCUUCCUGGAGCCGGUGGACCCCGAAGAUGCCCCGGAUUACUACGGCGUAAUAAAGGAGCCUAUGGACCUCUCGACGAUGGAGGAGCGUCUGCUGAAGCGUCACUACAGUAAGCUGACCGAGUACGUAGCAGACAUGACCAGAAUCUUCGACAACUGUCGAUACUACAACCCCAGCGACUCGCCCUUCUAUCAGUGCGCAGAGGUGCUCGAGACCUUCUUCGUCCAGAAGCUUAAAGCCUUCAAAGCCAGCAGAUUAUGAUGGCAUAGGUCUUCAGAGCUGGCUGCCUGGCUCACUGUACACUAGCCUAUCAUGGAGCGCCGCUGUGUUUUUCUUUAAAGCAAAGAGAAAUCAGCAUGAACUUUUUGUAUGGCGGAGUAAAACUUUUGUAUGGAAGAUGUGCUGUUGAGCGAUUUAAAGCAGGAGCUGUAUUUGUAUCUCAAUCAGGGGAAAAGCUACUUUUUCUAGUGCGAUAUCUCAAUACGGAAAAGAAUUAUUUACCUUAUGACGUUAGUUGACCAGUGCAUUUCAUGUCUCUGUAAAGGAAAUACUGUGUCCAUUUUGUUUAGUUACUUCAUUUAGAAACGUUGCUGAAUUAAGUUUUUGUUAUUUUAAAAUCUCAUACGCGAGGUGAGAAAACAAGCUUACCUCAUACAUACUGUAAUAUCACUGGCUUUAUGUGGAUAUUUGGGAAUGUUAUAUUACUAAUUGUAUUAGACUUUUAUCUCAGUUUGGAGUCGUAUAUAUAUAUGUGUUUAUGCAUUUAAAUCCUUUUGUGAAGGAGCAUUACAGAACUGUAGACUGGUUCAACAGGAGAGUGGAUGUCACAGAUGCUGCCUGUGUUGAGAAUCUGGUUCAUGUGCCGGUGCACGUCAUCCUCAUGUGGGUUACAACAGUAUGAAUUAUUGUCUAUAAAUGAACAGAUGAACUCACACCAGCAUGGCUGCUAUCUUUUUUUUAUUUUCUUACCUUUUAUUAAAAAAAAAAAAAAAAAAAAAAAAAAACCUAAAGUAAAUGACCUACUGGCAUCCUUUUUUACUUUUUAAUUAAAAAAAAGAAAAAAAGUUUUUAAUAAA